UAUUACCAUGGUAAUACCGGUUGGCGCGUAAAGUCACGUCAAUUCGAUGCGGCGGGGCUGAGCUAACUAGUUAGCAUAUUGGAUUUUACAGCUGCACACCUACGUUUGGUCAUACAGGCCUUUCGAGCUGCCUGUGCCAGGUUUUAAAAUGUUUGGCAGCAGCACAGAGGAGGUAAACUCCAGCGGUGACACCCCAGAAUGUGGACAGACCUGGGGGGUGUCCUCAAUGGACAGAAGCGGGCCUAAUGAAACUACCUCUUAUGGUCCCACAUCAGCAUCCUCGGGAUCAUCCCACCAAACUGUAGAUGAAGGCAGUACGAGCUCCAGCCACUGCCCGUCACUCCCCCGGGUGGCCUCAGGAGGUCAGCUCCAUCACAGCUUCCAGUUGGGCGGGUUAACCUCCAGGAGCACCCCACUCCGCAGCCAUGGAGGAACACCAGGACUCAGAAGGACUCUGGGCUCCUCAAGCUCCCACCCUGCACGGACACCGCUGACUGAUCCUACGGCGACAAGUUGCUCCUCAGCGACCUCAGCCUUUGGUGCCUCUGUGAUUGUGGCUCUUGUUGAAGGGCGCGGGUUGGCCAGGGGAGAGAUUGGCAUGGCCAGUCUCAACUUGAAGUAUCCAGAGCUUGUCCUCUCUCAGUUUGCGGACACUGGGACGUAUGCCAAGCCAUGUAUUGUUUUGCUGAAGGUCAUAACCAAGAUUCACAUCUUGAUGCCUCUGGAAAUACUGAUGCCAGACACAGCCAGUGAGAAGGGGAAAGGGACAAAACUGUUCAGCCUCAUCACAGAGAACUUCCCGGUACCAGUACAGAGCAUGAGUCAGGGAGUUGCUUUCACUGCAAUCCGAAGGAAGUAUUUUAACGAGAGGAAAGGACUGGAGUACGUUCAGCAGCUGUGUGCUCCAGAAUUUGGCACUGUCCUCAUGGAAGUGCAAGCAAAGUAUUAUUGCCUAGCAGCAGCAGCUGCUCUGCUGAAAUAUUUAGAGUUCAUCCAGAACUCUGUCUACGCUGCCAAGUCACUCAAAGUGAGCUUUAAAGGGAGCGAACAGACGGCAAUGAUUGACUCGGCAUCUGCCUCUAACUUGGAGUUGGUGGUUAACAACAGAGAUCACAGGAGCGAACAUAGUCUUUUAGGUGUGCUUAACCACACUAAAACACCUGGUGGUGCUAGAAGACUGCGCUCCAAUAUUCUGGAGCCUCUGGUGGAUGUGGACACCAUCAACAUACGCUUGGAUGCCAUACAAGAGCUGCUGCAGUACGAGGAGCUCUUCUUUGGCCUGACAAAUGGCAUAGGUCACUUCCUUGACACUGACCAGCUGCUCUCGGUUCUCAUCCAAAUCCCGAAACAGGAAACAGUUCAGGUGGCUGAAGCAAAAAUAACACAUGUGAUUCAGCUCAAACACACACUGGAUCUGGUGCCACGUUUAAGGAUGGUGUUGAAGAACUGCAAUACAGCCCUACUGAAGGCAUACAGCACCUCACUGGAAGACAACAGGUUUGACAUCCUCCUAGAGCAGAUCAAGACGGUGAUUAAUGAUGACACCACCUACCUGAAGGGGAGCCUGAACAUGCGCACCCAGAAGUGCUACGCUGUUCGCCCCAACAUCAAUGAGUUCCUUGACAUUGCGCGCAGAGCUUACACAGAGAUAGUGGACGACAUUGCAGGACUAGUGAACCAGACGGCAGAGAAAUAUGGCUUGCCAAUGCGUACCAGCUUCAGCACAGCUCGAGGUUUCUUCAUCCAGAUGAAGCUGGAGGGAGUUGUGUUGCCUGAAGGGAAACUACCCGCAGAGUUUAUUAAGGCAACCAAGCAAAAGAACAACUAUAGCUUCACUACUGCAGACUUAAUGAAGAUGAAUGACCGCUGUGACGAGGCCCUGAGGGAGAUCUUUCACAUGUCCUAUUUAGUGAUAUGUCAGCUGCUGAGCACUGUCCACGAGCACAUUCACUGCCUUUACAAGCUCUCUGAUGCUGUAUCCAUGCUGGACAUGCUGCUCUCACUAGCCAAAGCCUGCACCAUCUCGGACUAUGUGCGCCCAGAGUUCACAGACACUCUGGCCAUCAAGCAGGGUCGUCACCCCAUUCUGGAGCGAAUGGCUGGACAGCUGCCUGUGUCGAACAAUAGCUACAUCUCUGAGGGCAGCAACUUUGUCAUCAUCACCGGACCCAACAUGAGCGGCAAAUCCACCUACCUCAAACAGGUGGCGCUGUGUCAGAUCAUGGCUCAGAUAGGCUCUUUUGUCCCUGCUCAGUAUGCCUCGUUCCGUGUCGCCGAUCAGAUUUUCACCAGAAUCGGUGUAGAUGAUGAUUUUGAAACCAACUCUUCCACCUUUAUGUUGGAAAUGAAGGAGAUCUCUUACAUAGUCCACAACGUGAGUGACAGAUCCCUGAUCAUCAUAGAUGAAUUGGGGCGUGGUACCAGCGCUGAGGAGGGGAUCGGCAUCUGUCACUCUGUUUGUGAGUUCCUCCUUAGCCUCAAGGCGUUCACCCUGUUUGCCACACACUUUCUUGAGCUGUGCCAGCUUGAGUCUCUUUAUCCCAACGUGGAGAACCAGCACAUGGAGGUUCAGCACACGCGCAGUGGUGACACUGGUGUUGAGAGCGUGGUGUAUACGUACUUGCUGAAUCGAGGCUGCUCUGAGGAAAGACACUAUGGUCUGAGAGCAGCGGAAAUGACUGCACUGCCUUCAACCAUAAUCCAAGAGGCAAAAACGAUUGCCUCCAAAGUUAGCCAGCAACUAUUGGCCAAACAUCACAGCGAUCCGGAAACACAGAGGCAGAGAGCUGUGUACCACCUGGCCAACCGCCUCCUGCAGACAGCCAGGAACUCCAGACUGGACCCCGACAGCUUACGCAUGUAUCUGAAGGGCCUGAAGAAGCAGUUUGAGAUAGAGAUGCUGGCAGCAGGGCAGCCAGCGUCCGUCGACAAAGAGGAAGAAUGACUGACUCAGCCUUACAGUGGGGAGGGGCAGUGAUACACUGAUCAGCAUCUAGACAGACUGUGUUUAUAGUUUAGCUUAUUUGAUGUUAAAAGGCCCUAUUUGAAUUCCAGUUUGACCAUGCCAUUUAAAGUAAAAAAAAUAUUGCAUGCUUGUUUUUGAAGUGGCAAUAACUGUUUGCGAAUGUCCUGAAGUCAUAAGAAAUUAAAAUAAAGGAGGUAGCUGGGGAAGGAGAUACUUCAAACAUA